AUGGACGGGGUGGGAGGAGGCGGUGGUGGCAUGGCCGGCAUGCCGGGCAUGCCGGGAGCGCCUCAAAACAUCCUGGACGCCGGAGCUCAGGAAUACUACCCUAGUGCUGGCGCGCCCUACCCGCCCCCGCCCUUCCUGUCGAUCCCGCACCAGCUCUACUGCCCGCCGCCGUUCCCGGUCAUGCCGCCGCCGAUGGCCAUGCCUAUGCCCAUGCCCAUGCCACAGCCGCAGACCGUCGCGAUUCAGCCGCAGAUUGGGCUCCCCGUGCCGACGGUGGCCGCGACGGCGGUCGACGGUCCGGCGAGCCGCGCGGUCGUGCUCAGCCUGCUGCCGCCGCACACGCCGGAGCUCGAGGUGGCGCGCGCGAUGGCGCCCUUUGGCGACGUGCGCACGGUGGACGCGUCGGCGCUGGCGUCCGAGGGCGUGGCCACAGUGCACUUCUUUGACCUCCGCGCCGCCGAGAACGCCGUCACCGCGGUGCGCGAGCAGCACAUGCGGCAGCAGUGCCGCCUCAGCCAGCUGUACGCCGCCACGACCGCCUGGCCACCCCAGCCGCCGGCGUGGGACUGGCAGCAGGACGACUGCCGGGGCCUCGUCCUCGGCCAGGCCGUCUGGGCUCACUUCGCCGCUGCCUCCACCCUCCCCGACGACGGCGCCAACCGCGGCUCCCUCGUCGUGCUCAAUUCCCUCCCGGACGUCUCCCUCUCCGAGCUCCGCCAGGCCUUCCAAGCCUACGGUCCCUUGAAGGAUGUGAGGGAGUCCGCGCAGCGGCCGAACCACAAAUUCGUGGAGUUCUUCGACACGCGCCAUGCCGCCCGGGCGCUCGCCGAGCUCAACGGCCGGGACUUCUUCGGCCACCGCUUCAUCCUCGAGUUCACGCGCCCUUCUGUCCCCGGCGUACGCAGGCGCGGGUUCGUGUCGCCGCGACCCAUCGUCCCGACGCCGCCCAGGCUGCAAGCGGCGUGGCGUCCCUUGCCGUCUCCGGCGAAACAGCCGUCGUCGUCGUCGACCGGCACUGGCAAGGCCAGGGGAGAGGUGGUUACCACGAGCAGGUGCUCCUCCAAGUCUAACGCGGGCGAUCGGUCCAAGGGUGGCACAAGCCAUGAACGGAAGGGCAAGGGCAAGGGCGGGAAGAAAGCCACAAUUGUCGUUGACACGACGUCGUCGUCUCCGGCCUCGGCUUCCGAGGCGGCGGCGACCGCGUCGGCGUCCGGCAAGCAGCAGCCGCAGAAAGGAGUCGUCCGCGUGGGGAGCUGGAGAGGCCCCAAGAGCUGGAGAGGCGGGUGGGAGACGCGCUUCGAGUUCAAACAGCCCGACGCCGCCCGCUCCGACAGCAACGCCACCACCGCCGCCGACACGGACACGCAAGAACCGGAGACGAGGACCACCGUGAUGAUCAGGAACAUACCGAACAAGUACAGCCAGAAGCUGCUGCUCAACAUGCUGGACAACCACUGCAUCGAGUACAACAAUAAGAUCGACGCCGGCGAAGGCGGCGGCGAGCCCUUCUCCUCCUACGAUUUCCUCUACCUCCCCAUAGAUUUCAACAACAAGUGCAACGUGGGGUACGGGUUCGUGAACCUCACCACGCCGGAGGCGGCCGUGCGGCUGUACAAGGCGUUCCACAAGCAGCCAUGGGAGGUGUACAACUCGCGCAAGAUCUGCCAAGUCACGUACGCACGCGUGCAGGGCCUGGAGGCGCUCAAGGACCACUUCAAGAACUCCAAGUUCCCCUGCGACAGCGACGAGUACCUGCCGGUGAUCUUCUCGCCGCCGCGCGACGGCAGGCAGCUCACCGAGCCGGAGCUCCUCGUGCCGCGCUCGCCCAUGCCGUCGCCGUCCUCGCCGCGGAAGGGCCAGGCCGCGGGCUUGGACCCGCUGGCGCUGGAGCUCAUGGCGCCGCCCUCGUCGUCCGGCGACGGCGCGUCCUCAACGAUGUCCACCCACGCCGACGAGGACGCCCACGGCGCGAGCGGCGGCAGCGACGAGGACGACGACGGUGGGCUCGGCGAGGAGCUACAGCGCCUAGGCUACACCGACUAG